UCCCAUGUAAAGUGGAAAUCCAGGCAAAUAUAAUGUCAAUCAUCUUGUAUAAUUCUUCAAGUACUCAGCUGAAAGGCCAGAGUGACGUGUCCUAUGAUGACUGCGGCUUAUUGGCACCUAAGCUGAUAUCUUGCAAGUUUCUAGGUUUGCAAUAUAUGUUUACGCGAAAUAACCGCCUCAUUAAAUGAGAGCCCUGCCGAUCACAAGGACAUAUCGUAUGCAUAGCCUUUUUCAGGUUAUAGUAUUUGCAUAUAGCUGAACUCUCUCGACGUAACGCAACCGAAUAUCCAUGAACACAGACUUAGUAUUGAAGUCCAUUAAUUAUGUUCGUUCAGGAUAGUCUCCCCUUUCCACCCACUUCGUUUCACCUCUCUACUAGGAAUACUCGGCACAAUGUCUCUCCACCAGAGUAUCAUUAGCGGAACCCUUUCACAAGAGUUGCUGAACCAACAGAGAGACAAAAUUGACGAGUGCAAUGACAGGGGAUACACCCCGUUAGCACUCGCCGUAGUGCAUGGCAAUGUUGAGGCUGUCAAGCUUUUGGUAGGAAACGAGGCUAAUGUGAAUGCUAGAUGCAAGCUAGGAGAGACGGCACUCUGCUUUGCAGCAGCGAAGACCCGAGAAAACCGGGUAUCUAUUAUAAGGUGUUUGCUCGAGACUGGAGCUGAGGUCGACGCAACUUGUUCGGUACUCGAGGAAAACACACCUUUGAUGCUCGCCGUCCAGGAAUUUCCAGAUGACUUAGAUUCAAUCAAAUUACUGCAUUCCUACCACGCAUCAUUGACCAUCACGAAUCGGGACAAGAAGACUGCAGUCGACAUUUCUAAAGAAACCGAUCGGCAUGUCCUCUCUUUGCUGCAACCAAGGGACUCGACAAGUGGCUUUGGAGAUGCUGUCCAUACGGUCGUGUCAUUUUUGGUCAGCACUCUUGGUUGGGUCAAUAAUGCAUUUGGUGGGGUUAUAGGACGUUUAUUCAACUUCAGUCCACCAGUUGAUGUUAACUUCUAUGAACAAGUCAAAGGGGACGAGGGCGAGGAGUUGUCCGUGGAAGAUUUCAAAGAGAAUUUGAAUCAAGCAGUCAACGAUCUUGGACUAGACAAAUUCUUCAGCAAAGGGAACAACCUAUUGCAGACUGUGGCAGAAAAGGCAGCAAAACUAAAGGACAAUCCUAACACAGACCUCGGACUUCCCCACAAUGUUCAAAAACUCACUACAGUAUCGAUGUAUCAGCCAGUGAUCUAUUGCGACGACAGCGGAUCUAUGAGGGCAAAGAAUCAGUUCCAAAACCAAGCAAAACUUGUAGAAAGAAUCUGCCGGAUCACCACGUAUCUCGUCCCAGAUGAUUUGGGCAUAGCAAUUCGCUUCAUAAACCAGGAUACCCCUGAUUCCGACAAGCUCCGAGAAGAUGAGGUUGCUACGCUAAUAUCUACAUUGAAACCGGGUGGCGCAUCUGAGCUAGGUUAUAACCUCAGGAAGAAGAUACUUGCCCCAUUGUUGUAUGAUAGAGUUGGUCGGGAUGAAGAGCUUAAUAGGCCAUUGCUCAUCUCUAUAAUUACGGAUGGACACCCUGAAGGUGCCGAGGAACGAGAUAGAAUGUUUAUCGACGUGCUCAAGGAGUGCAACAAGUUUCUGUUGGAUCAUGGCUAUCCAAAAACAGCCGUCAGGUUUCAAAUCAGCCAGAUCGGCUCUGAAGACAGGGUGAAGGACUUUUUCAACGAUUUGAAAUCUGAGCGUCAGAUUCAAGAUAUGAUAUACUGUACUAGUGAUCAACUGGAUGAGAAGUACCGUGAGAUGAAAGACAAUGAAAAGGGUUUAGAGGAAUGGCUUCUUACUACUCUUAUGGAACCUAUUACCCAAGGGACGCUACUUCAAUCGCGUCAAGUUUGACUUAGAACCUUAAGACGUAUCAAGACAUAGAGUAACAACAAGAGAUAACUGUCAAGGGACCUGACCCAUGUUUUGCUCCUACGCUUUUUACGAUUGUUCAAUUCCUACUAGGUACCUAUGUAGGCACUUACCUAGAGCUGUACUUAGCAAGUUGUUGAAUUCAAUAUAGUACUUGCAUAAUAAAUAUUGAAAAAUUGAAUUGGC